UUAUGGAAAAUGGAAGGGGUUAUUUUCGUAAGCCCCCAUAUCAUCCAAUUUUCGUUGAAGAUCUGCCCUCGUGAGAAGAUAUUAGAAUUUGAAAUCCCUCUUCCUCCCUCUGUUCAUUCUUCCACUCUUGAUCUUCCCCGCAGUGGGCGAAUUUUACAUUUUAUAAGCUAGCCAGUCCAUGUCCGGAAGAGCCACACACAAGAUUUUCAAAAAUCAAAAACCUCUUUUCUCUCUCUCUCUCUCUCUCUCAAACGGAGCUAUACAGUAUACCGUCGUCAACACUGAGUUCUCUCUCUCUAGUCGCUAAUCGAGACGGUGAAGGUUUCCUCAUCAUCCACCAGCUCACAAUUGCUGUAUCACAUGAAUUAGCCCAUCUAUGGCUUGGCAAUCUAGUAACAAUGGAAUGGCGGAGUCAUUUAUGACUUGAUGAGGGAUUUGCAACAUGGGUAAAAUUGAGACAUCUCACAUUACUGCUUCCACUUGCUGGCUAUUGCAAUACAUUCAUUUUCUUGUUUGAAUCUGUAUUUGAUCUUAAAUUUCCAGGUAAGUUAUAUGGCCACUGACAGGCAACAGCAUGUUUCCUUAGUGGAAUAUAUGGACUCUAUUUCUUCUAAAAACAAAUGAUGGCCUGCGUAUGGAUGCAUUGGAACAAUUGCAUCCUAUUGAGGUCGAAGUACCCCGGGCUCGUUCAAUAGGGGAAUUAUUUGAUUCUAUCAGCUACAAAAGGGAUCUUCUGUCACUCGAAUGUUGCAGGGUUAUCUUGGUAUGGCACAUUUCAGGAGGGAUGGUUCAUGUUCUUGACUUAAAGUGCUGGAGAGAGUCAUUAAAUGCACUGUUGAGAGAAGUCUUUCAUAAAACUCUCAAGGAAGCAAUCCAGCGCUUUCAGACAUUACUGAAUGAUAGAAAUACUUAUCUCCUGUCCAUGGACACUAGAAAGGUUCAAGAUCAAGAUAUUAUUUUCGUGCUUUUCUUGAUAAGUUCAGAAGGCCGUGAGGUAGCAUGGAGAUGGUUGAAGGUAUGCACUUCCUGGUCAGCAUCUUCGUGAUGAGUUUUACUUUUAACUAUUACCAAUAUUUUGGGAUUCAGAAAAUAAUUGGGAGUAUGUCCAAUUGUGUAUAUAGUCUGGAAAGUAUUAUGAUUGGGAGUUAAGAGGCAACUAUUUACUUUGAAUGUCAUAUACUGAUCUUGAAGUUUCCUCUUGAAUUAAAAUUUGUGGAGACUUAUUUAUUUGGUGAUAAAUGCAAGACAACUGGGACUUGAUCUUUGCCAAA